AUGGUGCUAUCGUUUGAGAUUUAUUCCAGGAUGUGCUAUGUCCUUCCCACGUUCGUCAGGUCUUGGUUCGGUAGUCUGGAUGGUAGGUUUUCCACUGCAGUUGAUAGGUUCACUUCUAGAUACGUUAGCUCGGGUUACAUUGCCAAAGAAUUAUCUAAUUUGCAAUUAGAAACUUCGUCGCUAGAGGCGCUAGGGAUGAAUCUAAGAGUUAAGACGAGCAACCAGAUGAAAAAUGUUAACGCCAUUUACUCUCUCGAUGACGUCAUCAUUGAACUUAAUAUUACCUUUCCGGAAAACGCACCCCUUGGAAAGAUAGCCACGGAACACAACAGAGUGACAUCUAUCCAGCAAAACUGUCAGGCAUGGACCCUGCAGCUCGUCAAACUCUUAAACUACAAUAAUGGAACUCUGAGAGAAGGCCUUACAAAGUGGCACAAGAACCUUGACCGGCAUUUCGACGACUUCUCCUGUAUGAUUUGUUUUUCCCUCGUUCUAAACUACCAGGGCACGAAGUACUUGCCCCAGAUCCAGUGCAAAACCUGCCGGAAAAAAUACCACAGUAACUGUCUUAACACCUGGUUUAAAACCAGUCAGAAGUAUGAGUGCCCUCUCUGUAGAAGUGCUUUUAUGUGA